GCAGCCGGAAUUCACGUGACAGGACGGAUGUUAUGCACAGAAGGACGAGGACGCUGUGAUGUGGAGUGAGGAAACUCUACAAUCAACCGAGGGUGAUCGGUUGUGUCUGGAUCCAAAACUGUAUUUUAGGACGCACUUUAUGUCCGCCCGAUUAAAAUGUCUGCUCGGUGUCUGACGCGGAGGAGUCUCCGACCCGUCGCCCUCCUCGCGCCUCCGCGACCUCACACCGCAUCAGCUGUGAUCGGUCGCUUCUGCAGCUCCGCACAGACCCAGCGGGUCAAAGCAGCCAAGAGAUCUACCUUCCGACCAGCGGCCGGCUCCACACACGACUGGAUCGGUCCGCCGAACCCUCUGUCCAACCUGCGGCCGAUCGUCUACCACGUGGCCGAGGACGAGUCGGAGCUGGAGGGACGUCUGAGACGCCUCAGGCAGGAGACGGAGGACUGGAACCACAACUUCUGGACCCAACAGAACAUCACCUUCACCAAGGAAAAAGAUGCUUUUAUCAUCUCACACCUGAAGGCAGAAGGCUUGACUGUGCGUGAUGAGCAAGGACGACGACGCUCCCUCGGCUGCGAAGACAUGGCCACGUUUUACAAAAGCUUCCUGGACACGAACAGAACGCGACACGUAAAUUACAACAAGGAAUGGUACCGACGUAACUUCACCAUCACUUUGCUCAUGGCCCGAGUCGCACUGAGCGACAUGUGGAGGACUGUGACACGCAAGAAAAACAGCUCCUCCACUUCUUCAUAAUAAUAAACUGUUGACGCACUCUC